AUGGCAGGCCGAGCUCACCUACGCCCGGCUUCCCGGUCGGUGCUGCUCCUGCUGGCGCUGCUGGCGGCCGCCAUGGCGGCACUGCGUCCCGUCCUGGCCCAGGGCAUCUUUUACCAUGAAACCCUGCUGCCCUUCAGCUGGAACAUGGGCCCGGCUGUGGAUCUGCCCCUGAAGCCGAACCACCUCGUCGAGAGGGUGAUCUUCAGCAACCCCAUGUACCUGUGGUCCUUUCACCAGUCGGCAAACAUGUAUAGCACUCUGGCGGAACAUCGCCUUGGACUGUACUUUAGCCAUGGGCCAUCCAUUACCCGGGUGUUGACACCCUUUCAGUCGUCGGAGACCCCGGUGUCCCUGCGGGUCAGCUCAUCCCCAAACGGGCCCAUCCCCUGGGUCGAGUCCUCCGGGACACUGGCCUUCUGGUCGGAUAACAAUGUUUGGGUGCCACUGGUCUACAGCCCGGCGAACAGCCUGAUCGGCGUGUACACCCCGUUCGCCGGGCACGCGGCCGCCUUCCUUCGCCAGCCUGAUGGGCGCGUCAUCUUCCACGUGGCGAGCCCGGCAUGGAGUUCGACUGCCCAGGUGCUGGUUGAUGUUGCCCCCCCUGGGACCGCGGCACGCAUGGCCAUCGGCCACACCACCGCCGCCGCGUGGUUUGACUCCUCCGUAUAUUUGGCCCGGUUUUCCUGGGACACCGGCAUCCUGGCCGGGCAGGUUGGCAUGCUGGGCUUCACCAGCCCGGUGCUGGACGUGGCCAUUGGCUGCACACAUGCCCCGGGCAAGGACACGCUGUUCGCGCUGCUGGCCUCCGGCUGGCUGUAUGCCUGCCGGGAUUAUGUCCCCGGCAUGGGCUGCGAGAGUGCCCAUGAGUUUGUGGUCCCCGGCCUGACGGGGCCCCUGACCCAGGGGGCCCUGAUCGUUCCCCAGUCGGCCGAUAGGCUUUCCUGCCUGAAUUGGCUUCUCCUGUACAGCGGCUCCCAGCUGCUGAGGGUCGGCUUCCGCAGUGACACAGGCCUCCUUCAGGAGGCGAUCCCCGUGUACCUGCCCAAUGGGGCCCCCUCGCCGAAGACCCUACACUUCGUCAAGAUCCUCCACCCCCAAGGCUCCGGCAUCUGGGCUUUGACCGAUGGCCAGCGGGUUUUCCAGGACUCGCCUUCAUUCAACUGUGCCGUCGAUCGGACCAUCGUGUGCGAUGACGACAUGUCGAUCCGCACCACGCGUGGCUUCCUGUGUGCCCAGGGCCAGGCCCUGUCGCCGGUGGUCAGUGCAGGGCUCCUGUGCGCCGGCUGUGCCGACGGCUACGGGGUCCCGGGCAGCGGCUCCUGGACUGCAAGCAGCAUUUGCUCCACCUGCGCGGCCUCCCACUGCGCGGCCUGUGUGGCCGACCGGUGUCUCGUCUGCCUCGCCAGCCAUGUGCUGGUCAUCGACCCGAGCUCCGGGGCCGGCACCUGCCAGCCGGCCUGUCCGUCGGGGCAGCAUGUGGACCCCGCCUGGCCCGGGUCCAGGCGGUGCAUGCCCGACGUCCCGGAUGUCUGGCCCGCGCGCGUCAUCUGGCCGGCCACCUUCCAAGCCGACAUCGGCCCCCCUCCGGGGGACUUUGUAACCCUGGCCCGGACGCGGCUCAUGCUCGUCGGCGGGGCCCUGCAUCUGGUGGCCGCCUCUGUGACCGGCGACGCGGCGCCCAUGUACUUCCUCGGCCUCUCGCAGCAGGAUUCCCCCAUGUGGCUGUCACCGUCCCCCGGCGCCGGUGGCAAUGGCUCCCCCCCGGGCCUGAGCUUCCAGCCCCUCGAUGCCUUGAAGGCGCACGUCCACAUGGCCACGCAGUAUGGCGAGAUUGGCCCGGUCAGUGCCACCGGCUCCGGGGCGGUUGUCCACUUUUUCUCCUGCACCCCCAACUCCUCCCUGUCAAGGGGCACCCUCAAGUGUCUUGACCCGGACGCCUCGCCGUCUUCCUCGUGUCUGGCAACCAUCUCGUCUCUCGGAAGCAUCAGCGGCGACUGUCAGUCCAUCCGGGUGGUCGACGAUCGCACCCUGACCGUGCUGCUGACCAAUGACCAGGUGCUUGUCUUUCGACUUGAGGACGAUGGCGCCCUCACACAUGUGACCAUCUUCGGGGCGAGCGCGCAUCCGGCCGCCUUCCCGCUCUUCAGCGACCCGUCCAGCAGCCCCGGCCCGGCGGGCCCCGGGUGGCUGCUCCUGGCCCGGGGCGGCGCUCGGACCCUGCUGGCGCCGUACACCAUGUUCCGGUCCGUGGACCCGCGGACUUUCGAUGCGCACCCGGCGCUGGAUGUGCUGCCCGCCCUGCCGGAUGCUGGCCAGAUGCACCCGGUCAAGCUGCCGGCCGCCGGUGCCGGCUGGGAGGCCGUGCUCUCCGGGCUCCGGGUGGAUCCCUCCUCCGGCAGGCAGGCUUGGAUUGCGGCGCACAUGCCGCGCGGGGCCCGGGCCCAUGGUCGGACGGUGAAUGUCCCGGCCAAUGUGGAUGUCCUGGGCCAGCUUCCCGCCGCGACCGGGGCCUUCCAGGUCCUGGCGGUGUCGCUGUCCGGGCAGGACACCCCGGCGGCUCUCAUCCUGCUCACCGAGGAGCACAUCGGGGUGGCCCUGCUCCGGUGCUGGCAUGGGCUGGCCGCCGAUGCGGCGUGCUGGCUGCAGCCGGCCGCCUUCACGCCCUUGUCGAUCCCGGCCGACGGCCUCGCGCGCAGCCCCCUGCACUUCCACCUGCUGCGGGCCUCCUCAACGCAGGGCGGCCCCUCCGAGCCGAACGCCUUCCUGUUGAGCAUUCCCCACAUGCCGAUCCGAUGGCUGACCAUCGGCUCGGGGGAAUGCACCGCCGCCGGGUUCUACGGCCCGGACUGCUCGGGCCUGUGCGCCCCGGCGUGUCGUCACUGCUUCGGCCCGGGCCCUGACCAGUGUCACGACUGCUCCUUCCAUCUGCCCUCCUCGCCGGGCGCCUGCCUCGAGGCGUGUCCCCAGGGGCUGACCCCCGACCCGGUCUCCGGCGCGUGCGAGUGCCCCGAAGGCUGUGACUUGUGCCAGGCCAUCACCGACCCGGGCCCCGGAAGCGGCACAUACAUCUGCACAGCCUGCCUGCCGGGGUUCGGCCUUUCUGCCGACCACAACCCCCGGCCCGAGUGUCUCCCCUGCCACGGGACGUGCAGCGAGUGCGAGCGCCCCGACGACAUGCACGCCUGCACCGGCUGCCCGGCGGGCAGCUACCUGCACGACGGCCAGUGUGUGGGGGACUGCCCGGCCGGCACGUGGCCCGACGCCGACGGCCCCUCCUGCCGGGCCUGCCCGAGCACCUGUACGCGGUGCCUUUCGGCCAGCAUGUGCACCGUUUGCGCGAGCGGGCACUUCCUCCCCAACGAUGGGGUCUGCCGCGCGUGCGACCCCUCGUGCGCCACCUGUGGCGAGGAAGAUGCCUGCAGCGCCUGCAUGGACGGGCUGGUGUUCCUGAGCCCGGACCCGGGCACGCCGUCGCUCUGCGGCAGCACCUGCCCGCCGGGGGAGUUCCCCGGGCCCGAGCGGUGCGCCCGGUGCGACAGCUCGUGCGACCUGUGCGCCGGCGGGCCCACCCACUGUCUGGUGUGCGCCGCGGGCUUCCGGUGGGGUGCGGCCGCCCCGGGCCCCGGCAAGACGGGCGCCUGCGUGCCCUGCCCGGCCGGCUGCGCCUCGUGCACCGGCACCGGCAGGUGCCUUGCCUGCGCCGGCGGGCUGCUGCUGGCCGAGGACGGGGCCUGCCUGGCUGCCUGCCCGGCGGGGACAUUCUCCAACGGCGAGUCGUGCCAGCCGUGCGACAUCAGCUGCGCCGCCUGCGCCGACGGCCAGCCGGACCGGUGCACCGGCUGUGCCGCCGGGCUGGAGCUGGUGGAGGUCACCUCCGGCGCGGGGACCUGCGUGUCCGGCUGCCCGGAGGGCCAGUACCGCGCGGGCGUCGAGUGCCUGCCCUGCGACGCGGCCUGCGCCACGUGCAACGGCCCCACGGACAAGGACUGCUGGCGGUGCACCGAGCUCGUGCUACAGAAUGGUGUCUGCGUGCAGGAGUGCGCGGCCAGGCAUCUUGCCGUCGGGGGCCGGUGUCUGCCCUGCCAUGCCUCCUGCGAGGCAUGUGUCGGGGUCCGGAGCACCGAGUGCACCGCCUGCCCGGGGGGCCUGCUGGCCCUGCCGGCCGGGCAGACCCCGGGCCGGUGCGUGCCCGGGUGCCCGGUCGGCCACAACACCGCGCCAGCCGGGUGCGCCCUGUGCGCCUCGCACUGCGCCAGCUGCCCGGAGUCGGCCGACACGUGCGCCCUGUGCGAGCGGGGGUUCCUCCUGGCCGGCGGCGCAUGCGGGACCGAGUGCCCGGCCGGCGCCGCGCCCCAGGGCGGCCUGUGCGCCAGCUGCCACGGCUCGUGUCUGACCUGCUACGGGCCCGGGCCGGGCCAUUGUCUGACGUGCGGGCCGGCGGCCCCGUUGAAGGUGGGCGGGCACUGCCACGCCACCUGCCCGGCGGGCACCUUCGAGAGCGAGGGGACAUGCCUGCCCUGUCAUGGGACGUGCGCCGCGUGCACCGGGCCCUCGGGGGCCGAGUGCAGCGCAUGCCCCCCGGACCGGGUUCUCACGCAGGAUGGGACCUGCUCGCUGGACUGCCCGGCCGGGACCUACGCCCAGGAUGGCGGGUCCUCCGGGUGGGUAUGUGCAAGCUGCGAUGCAUCCUGCGCCGCCUGCCUGGGGCCCCUGGCCUCGGAGUGCACGGCCUGCCUUCCCGGCCGGGUCCUGGAUGGGGGGGCCUGUGGGGAAACCUGCUCGGCCGGGCACUUCGUGUGCCUGGCGUCGCGCCGGUGCGAGCCCUGCCCGGCCGGGUGCGCCGAGUGCCAGGAGCAGGGCACCUGCCAGGCGGCCUGCACCGCGUGCGAGGCCGGCCUUCUCCUGUCGGGCACGGCCUGUAUGGCAGCCUGCCCGGCGGGACACUUCGCCCCGGCCGGGUCGCGCAUCUGCGAGCCCUGCGACGGUGCUUGCAACACGUGCACCGAGCGGCCGGACAGGUGCACCAGCUGUGCGGCGGGCUUCCUGCUGCCGGCGGAGGGGGCCUGCGCCAGCGCCUGCCCGGCCGGGUGGGCGCCCCUGUCCACGCCGGACCGGGUGUGCCUGGCGUGCCCGGCCGACUGCGAGGAGUGCACCGCGGCCAGCGGCCAGGCCGGGUGCACUGUGACUGACGACGGGUCGCUGGCGUGCCCGGACAUUGGCUCGUGCUCGCGCUGCGCCGCGCAAUUCCUGCUGCUGCAUGGGGCCUCCUGCGUCGGGACCUGCCCGGUGGGCAUGCCCUCCUCGCGCGGGCUGGCCCUCGGCCUGGGCAUCGGGCUGGGCCUGCUAAUGCUGCUGCUGCUGCUGGUGGCGCUGCUGGUCCUGCUGUGGCGGUACCGCCGGGCGGCCAAGUCCGGGGGCAUGGACCGCAUGGAUGAUGAGGACGCCACCGUGAUGAACACCAUCGUGGAGCUGUCCCUCCCGGGCAGCAUCCUGGUGAGCAUUGCCAAUGACUUCGCCCCGCUGGACGAGCAGCUGGGCGCCGGGACCCAGGCGUCGGUGUUCGCGGCGCGCGCCGUCGGGGCCGGCAUCUCCGACCGCCUGGGCUGCCCGGGCACGGUGGCCAUCAAGCAGCUGAAGGCCGAGCGUCUGACCCCCACGCAGGUGACCCUCUUCCAGAACGAGGUGGCGCUGAUGUGGCUGCUGCGCGGCGCGCCGAACAUCGUCCGGCUGUACGGCUACAGCGAGCAGCCGCCGGCCAUCGUGAUGGAGCGCUUCGACACGGACCUGGCCACGCUGCUGCACUCGGGGGUGCCGCUCGAGCAGGCCACCAUCCUGGACAUCGCCCAGCAGUGGGCCUCCGGGCUGGAGGCCAUGCACGCGCAGGGGAUCGCCCACCGGGACCUGAAGCCGGGCAAUGUGUUUGUGAGCCGGCGCCCGGAUGGCUCCUGGACGGCGGCCCUCGGGGACCUGGGCACCUCGCGCAACCUCAACACCGACCGGUCGUCCACCCUGGUGAGCCAGGCGCCGGAGCUGAACGCCAUGACGGCGCGGUACGCGGCGCCGGAGGUGCUGGCCACCUUCCACCGGAAGCGCCCGCUCGAUUGCGAGCUCUUCCUCCCGGCGGACAUCUACUCCGCGGCCAUCAUGCUGUGGGAGAGGGAAUAA